CCAUAGCAUACUGACACUGUAGGUGGUGGGUUGUACUUUUUUUUCACUUUGAGUGGGAGGAUUCAGGAUCUCAGCCAAGAUGUGACAGCAACGGAGGAAGGUCGAGCACCAAAUUGCUGAAGAGAAGGAGAAAGGAGCGGCUGAAAUGGCGGAACAGUUUUCAGACCUUGAGAAGGCCAUCAACACUCUGGUCACAAACUUCCACUCUGCUUCGGCUGAUAAAGGCUCCACGCUCAAGGCAGAUGAAUUCAAGAGCCUCCUUUCCUCGCAGCUGCCCAACCUCGUCAAGACUGGAGGGUCGGACGCAGGGUUCGGGGAGGUGCUGAAGCAGAUGGGGGUGAAGGAUGGAGAGGGAAUAACCUUCAAACACUUCUGGACCCUGAUCCAAAGCUUGGCUACGUCCCAAUUCGGCCUGCUCAGCCACGAGAAAGUGUCCAAAUGCACCUGCCUUCUACUGUGAGCGCCGCUCUUCAGUUAGCUCAAGAUGGAGGGAUGAUUUUCACAUUUUCUAGCCAUCAAAACAUACUCUUUCUCUCUCUCUCUCUCUCUCUCUCUUAAUUGCUCUUCAUUUAAGCAGUCGCUUUUUCUCUCUCAACACUAAUCAUGCGUUAUUCCAGUGAAAAAGUCUGCCUGAUGAUUUUUGUUGAUCCUGUGCAACAUAAUUUCAAAUCAUUUCAUCCAACUGUUACCAAAAGUAGAUUCCGUCUAAAGGGACCACAAAUGUAAAACUGUACAAUCAUUUUAAAUCAUCAUAAACUGGAGUUUUGUAAAAAAUAAAUAAAUAAAAAAAACUGUCUAUUGUUUUCUAAAAUAUUUGUAACUGAAAUCGGUACAUUAAUACUGAAUGCUUUUCUACAUGUAACACUAGUAAUGUAUCGUGUCGUGUUAAGUGUGUUUGUGUAAUGGCACUGUUAAGUCUUCUCACCUUCCUGUUUUUACAAUACACUACCAGUCAAAAGUUUGUGCACCCCUGCUCAUAGAAGGGUUUUGACUUUUUUUUUUUUUUUUUUUUUUUAGAAUAAUAAUGAAUACAUUAACACUAUGAAAUAACACAUAUGGAAUUAUGAAGCAAACAAGAAAAGUGUUAUAAAUCCAAAAUAUUUUAUAUUUUAAAGGCAUCAUGAGGGAGCUUCAGCCAAGAGACUUUUCUUCAAGUUCCCAAAUAACCAGGAAACAAGAACGUGUUGUUUGGGGAAACAAUUUUCUCUUUUACAUGAAAACAUUUUGCUUCAGAAAUAAAUUGAUCCUAGGGCAUUGACUUCACAACACAUUCUACCCAUCUUUAUCAAAAUGUCUUUAAAGCCAUACAAGAUAUUUACUCAUUCCAGUCCAUACUUUUGACCACUAGUGUAUAUCAGUGCCCUAAAAAUCUCAGACGUGUUGUCCUGACGUUCUCGUAUUUAUAUUUUGAAAUUCUCCUCUCAUAUUCUCAAAUUGCAUCCUGAAACAUCUGUUAUAAUUAAAGUGAAACCAUCAUUA